AUGGAGAAGCGCAUUGAAAAAAUAAGUCCCCGGGCGGGUACCGACUCAGUCGGAGAAUCCCGCACUCCUGGUUCACAAUCAGGAGUCUGGCCCACGUAUACGGGGGGUGCCAUCAUUGCGUGUGAAGAGGGGGCCGCUACGGCGGCGAGUAGUGUGGAAGAGGGCGCGAUUACGCGCGAUAGUCCGGGACCGGUGCUCCUCACCGCACCGGCAACGGACUCGAUCUGCUUUACCAAUGACCUAUGCUCAGCAAAACGGACACCGACGGUGCUCUUGGAACGGAUUGACGACUCCGACUGUUCUGCCUACACCAUGAGGACAGCCGGAAGCUCUCGCGCUUCAUCACGCGAUCGAGCAGGUGGGAGUUUGAGGGGCAAGCGAAGACUGUCUUUGUCCUUGUCCGGCUCAGACGACGGAGGCUCCGAAAGGUCUUUCCGCUCGGAAACUCGGAAGAGGAAAUCCGCCAAAAGAGGACGAGGACGCCCCCCUACAUCAGGGGAUUAUAUAGAGAUGGCUGCAGCUAAACGGAAUCUCCUUGAAUUGGAGCAAGAGGAUCUCCGUUUGCAGGCUGAAAAAGACGUAGCUAAGGCGCUCAAGCUAGCUCAGCGAAAAGCAGCUCAAGCUGCGAAAAUACAGGCCGAAAAAGCGGCAUUUGAAAAACUCCCGCCCGCCACCAAACUUAAAGUUAUGGGGGAGCAGGGCCUAGAGUUAAUCAAAAUGGUCCGCACGAAAAGUGGCAACCUGAAGGGUACCUUCACGAAGGCCCUGAGGGAAGGAGAAGCGAAGGUUGAGGAGUCUGUCCUAGGCCUCGCGACUCUCAGAGAGGAGACAAUAAGGUUGGAGGCUGAAAACCUUCGCCUCCGGGAGGAACUUUCACGACUGCAGGAGGAGGCGAGUCUGGUACAUGAUACUCCAUCAAGACCCCCUCCCCUGGUCGGUGAAACGAACAGAGCUCCAACACCAAAAAGCGGAUCUGAAGAGUUGUCAGUCUCAAUACUGCGGACCAUGUUCGAGGAGUUCUCUCGCUCCAUCAUGGAAAGGACCUCGAACAUGGUCAACGCACGCAUCGAGGGACUGCAGGGACGCUUGCUCCCAGAAAAGAGGCUCCGUCCGCCGCUCGCAGCGGAUCAAAGGAAUAACGCAGCUGGUACUCGCCUUACUGAGGAUUGGCCCACCAUCCCACAGGCUGGGCCCCCCCGGCAAUCGGCGACUCCAGCUCGGGCGACGACAGCUAGAGCAGCAGCGGCUCCAUCACCACCAGCAGCUGCACCUGAAAACGCCAGGAAGGGAAAGAAGAAGAUCCAAAAAGAGAAGCCGGCAGAACAACCGCCGGCCUCAUCAGCUGCUGCUGUUCCCGGUCCCUCGACGGAAAGAGAGGGCUGGAGUACGGUGGUUCGAAAGAAAGGAAGGAGGAAAACUCAACCGGACGCGACAAACUCGGCUAAGACACAACUGGAUACGACGAAGGCAGGGACUAAGGGGGCCUCCAAAGCUUUCCGAAGACCGAAUCCCAGGAGCAGGCCGAGGAGGAGGAGAAACGUCGCUCCCACUGCGGCCGCGGUAGUCGUCACGCUACAGCACGACGCAGUGGAACGUGGCGCUAGCUACAAAGACGUCAUUGAAAAGGCCCGCCAACAAAUCAACCUGGCGGACCUGGGUCUGACAGAGGGCGUCCAAUGCAGGCAUACAGCCACAGGAGCCCGAAUAAUGGAACUCCCGAGCACCGCAACCAGUGAGAUGGCUGACCGCUUUGCGGAGAGGCUGCGCAGUGUCUUGGCAGGAAUAGCCAGAGUCGCCAGACCGGUAAAAUGCUUUGACGUACGCAUUUCUGGUCUGGACGACUCCGUAACGAAGGAGGAUGUAAUAGCUGCGGUUAUUACAAGUACGACUUGCUCCCCGGAACACGUAAAGGGGGGCGACAUCCGCGCCGGUCCCGGAGGAACCGGCACUAUGUGGGUGCAGUGUCCCGUAGCUGCCGCCAACACCCUGGUGGCUGCGGGCCGCCUUCUCGUUGGCUGGAGCUCGGCGCGAGUUCAGCUAUUAGAACCGCGUAUUAUGAAAUGUUACCGUUGCCUGGAGACGAACCUGAACCACUGCGCUGGCGCCCAGGAUUUGCUCCUCCAGGUUCUUGCGCAGUGGCAGGUAGAUGUCGCAAUUGUGGCCGAGCCCUACUAUGUCCCCACCCGCACCAACUGGAUAGGAGACAUGCCGGGUUCCAUCGCCAUUUACACUUCCGAAGCCGGCCCACCGCUUGUACAGCGGGACAGGGGCCAAGGAUUUGUUGCGGUGGACUGGGGGGAGUACACGAUCUUCGGCGUUUACUUCUCCCCCAAUAAAAACCUCGCCGAAUUCGAGGACUUCCUGGGCGAAUUGCAGGCGGCAGCCUUGAGAGCGGCUCCUAGGCCCGUUCUUGUCGCCGGCGAUUUUAACGCCAAGCAUUCUGCCUGGGGGUCUCACGUGACUGACGCCCGUGGUGACGCCGUGUUGGAGUGGGCCAUCAUGACUGGUCUCUCGCUUUUAAACCGCGGGAACGCACCUACCUGCGUCCGGCAUCAGGGGAGCUCAAUUGUCGAUCUCUCCUUUGCCAGUCCCGCGGUUGGAGAUCUGGUCCAUGACUGGAGAGUAGUUGGGGAUGUCGAGACGCUGUCAGAUCAUCAAUACAUCCGAUUUAGCGUCUCCCCCUCAUGUGUAGUACAGGCUGACCUGCGACCACCAGCGAGUGCGCCCCAGUUUCCACGCUGGGCGCUGACGAAGAUGGACAACGAGGCGCUCGACGAAGCGGUACUGAUUGAGGCGUGGACACCAAAGCCUACAGCUCCCAUCGCCGUCAAUGAGGAGGCGCUCUGGUUUCGCGGGGCCCUCACCAGGAUUUGCGAUGCCGCGAUGCCCCGUGCGAAGAGCCGCCCAGAGAAAAGACAGGUGUAUUGGUGGACGGAUGAGAUCGCGGAGCUCCGGCACCAAUGCAUCAGGGCGCGCCGGCCGUACCAGAGGCAGCGAGUGCGCAGGACCAGGAAUGAAUCUCUAGAGAGGAGACUCGAGACAGAGUAUAGAGCCGCCAAAAACGCGCUACGCGUGGCCAUCAGGAUGGCUAAAGAAACUGCUCGGGAGGAGAUGCUGGAGGACCUUAAUCGGGACCCAUGGGGUCGUCCGUACCGUUCAGUGCGGAACAAGUUCGGCCGUGGUCCUCCAGCACUGGAGACAUUGCCCCCAGAGCAGCUGCCUGAUAUCCUGUCGGCGCUUUUCCCAGCUGCGACAAACUUGGAGCCUCUCGAAGAUAUAGAGCCGGCCACAGGCGAGGAAGUGGCACCUGUAUCGGAAAGCGAGAUGGAGGCCGCCAUUCUCAAACUAAGUGGGCGAAAGACUGCCCCAGGCCCCGAUGGGAUCCCUGGUCGAGUGUGGGUUAAGUCGAUGGGCCCGCUCAAGGACAGAAUGAGGGAACUAUUUAGUGCAUGUUUGGUGCAGGCGGAAUUUCCUGAAUGCUGGAAGGAAGGUAGGGUCGUUUUGCUGAGAAAGGAAGGUCGUCCCGCCGACUCUCCGUCGGCCUACAGACCUAUCGUCCUACUGGACGAAGCCGGAAAACUCUUGGAGAGGGUGAUUGCGUCUAGAGUCAUAAAACACCUAGAGCGAGAGGGGCCAAACCUCUCUGAGGCGCAGUAUGGCUUCCGGUCGCAACGCUCGACAAUAGACGCAAUCCUCCAGGUCAAGGAGCAUACGGAGGAGCAGAUUGCGAAUGGCAAAGUAGUGUUGGCGGUGUCUUUUGACAUCGCCAAUGCCUUCAAUACGUUGCCCUUUGAAUCCAUCGAGGCAGGCCUCCGAUAUCACAACGUGCCAUGGUACCUCCGGAAGAUCAUCAGGAGGUACCUUAGAGGCCAUGUGAUAAUCUGCGUCGGCCGCGACGGUGUUGUAGUCCGGAUCGCGACUGAGUGCGGUGUUCCACAGGGGUCCGUCCUCGGCCCUCUCCUGUGGAACAUUGGAUUCGAUCGCCUUCUGCGUGCGGCACUACUCCGAGGGCUCAGAAUCGUAGCUUACGCCGACGACACUUUUAUGCUGGCUCAAGGCGAGACGUACGAAGAAGCCAUCCGCCUGGCAAGAGUCGGAGCGGCAUUGGUGGUGGCACGCAUUGAAGCGCUAGGGGUCCGAGUCGCGCUACACAAAACAGAGGCCAUUUUCUUCCAUGGCCCCCGAAGGCGCCCUCCUGCUAACUCGAUCCUCCCCAUUGGAGACAUUCAGGUGCCGAUCGGAACGGAACUGAAAUACUUGGGUCUGGUGUUGGACUCCAGGUGGUCCUUCGUCGCUCAUUUCCGCCGGUUGGUACCUCGACUAAAGAAGACGGCCGUAGCCCUUGGACGCCUCCUGCCCAACUUGGGGGGUCCUGGGUCAACUUGUCGGCGGCUCUAUAACGGGGUACUUCAGUCCAUGGCCCUGUAUGGAGCUCCCGUCUGGGCGGAACAUCUUAACGCCCAGACCAGGGCGCUACUACGAAGCCCACAGCGAUCGAUGGCGCUGCGAAUCAUCCGCGGAUACCGCACCAUAUCCUGCGAAGCAGCGCUCAUCCUCGCCAGAACUCCGCCUUGGGACUUGGAAGCGCGGGUUCUGAGCGAAAUUUACUAUCGCACGGUGGAGUUUAAGGAGAGAGGAGACAGAGUUUCCCUUGAACUGACCACACGGUGGAGGCGUCAGGCUCGCAUAAUUAUAAUGCGCACUUGGGAGGACAGGUUGGCGACUCCAACGGCUGGACGUGCAGUGGCGGCGGCAUUUCGACCGCACCUGGAGACGUGGGUAACCCACUGCAAAGGCACCCUCACCUUCCGUAUGGUGCAGAUGUUGACUGGGCACGGGUGUUUCGGCCAUUACCUGCAUCGCACGGCUAGGAGAGAACCGACGACGCAGUGCCACCACUGCGAUCACGGAGACGACACAGCGCAGCACACGCUCGAGGACUGCCCGGCAUGGGCGGAGCAACGAGCGGUGCUCUGCGCAACCAUCGGAUACGACCUCAGUCUCCCGGCCAUAGUGACAGCUAUGGUUCGGUCGAGCCAAGGAUAUGACGCUAUAGCCGACUUCUGCGAGGCUGUCAUCUCGCAGAAAGAGGCUGCCGAACGGGAAAGAGAAGCGGACGUGGCUGCAGAUCCCGUUCGAAGACGGCGCGGAGGGCGCAGGCGCGCUAUACACGAACGCCAGCUCCCGCCGUAA